AUGUCGAAAAACGAUGACAGUCUCUUCCUUUUGGAAGUAUUGAUAGAUAAAAUUGUAUUUGUUAAAAGUCCUUGUUUUUCAGACAAAGAUUUUAGAACAUGUGUUAACAUCGAGUGCAAUGGAGUUGAGCCCUUAGAAGUAUGUGAUGAUGAUCCAAAUGUGGGGAUUGCAAGAAGUGGUGGGCCAUUCGUUAAACAAUUCAACACAGGAAAAUCAUGUCUUUUUUCGCUCAAAGAAAGUGACAUUAGUGCUGCCAUGAGCAAAUUUCCUGUAAAAGUAACGGUGUAUAAAUCGCUUCCAUGUGGUUGUCUACCAACAAAAAUAGUUAUGGGUGAAUGCACAAUAGAUAUGACAAAAGAAUUUGUUGAAACAAGGAAGAAUUUCCUAGAAGAUCCAACUAGCGUCAGCUAUCAAGCAUUGAAGGAUUCAUUUCGAUUCGUUGGACCUGACGGUGAAGAGACCGGGGAGAUCGUAAUGUUUUUACGAAUAUCCUGCUUCGGAAAGUUGAUCAUAACUUCAUUUCAAGGGGCAAGCGGUGGUGCGCCUAGCUUGGGUGGAACAGCUAGGGGAAGUUCAGGGCUUGUAGAUAGGUCGUGUACUCCUAAAAAGGACUUUCAGUCAACAGAUGAUCCUUGCGCGUGUGGUGCGGCGAGAGGCCAUGGCGGGGCAGGUGGUUCAGGUGGACACACUUGCACUGGAGGUGGCGCCGUUUGUCCUCCUGCCCGAGAUCCUUACAAUACUAUGCCGUGCGUAGAUCCUGAUGAUCCAUGUUAUUGUUCUGGACCCAAACCGGCUGAAAAACAAAAAAUGGCCUGCCGAAAUACUGACCAAUAUUGUUUACAUGUUCCUAAAGGUCGCACUAAGCAAUUUGAAGAGAUAGGGACAACACUCGGUGAAAAUGAGCUUAAGAUAAAAGUUCCCGCCAGUGCAUCAAUCAUCAAGAAAAUAAGUCAAACGCAUUGCGCUAUGCAAUGCCCUUUUAGCACCAAGUCUGCUGACGGUGGACCUUGUGAGCCCCCAUGUGGGAAAAAUCAAAUAAGUUUGGCACUGCCGAGUGAAGCAAUCUGUUGCCAUGGAGCUCGACCGGCUGACACACAAUUCACCUGUACAACAGAAGGGUGUCUUCAGUCUACAAAGCAUGGUACACAGGCCACCAUGGCUCGUGGUGACAAUCAGCAGGAUCUACCUAACAAAGAUGUAUAUGUACUUAAAGUAGCUAAAACGGCACUUCAAGGAGAUAGGAAAUGUAGACUCGAAAUAGAACUGGCGACUCCAAAGGCGGCAGAUAAGGAUCCACCAAUAACUAAACAAAAUACAAGAAUUCAAUCUGACCUUGAUUGUGAAUGUGGUGUGAGGCGCAUUAAGAAGCAGAAGACUAAAAAGAAGCAUUGCUGCCCGACUGGGAACAAAGUCAUAUUCCAAGUACCAACGGAUUCUUGUGGAAAUGGACAUAAACAACGUGCAUAUUUUAAUUUUACAUCUGACGGUGUUGGCGACUUAGCGCGAGACGAACCGGGACAUUUAAUAUCUCCUACCGCGGAAAAUUACCCAGGAGCAGUUUAUGACUUUCCAAAACAAAUAAUAAAAAUUCGUGUCGGCAAAGUCAUAGAGAUGGCUAACCGAAAGUCAACAUUAGAAUACCAGUUUAUCACUCCUGUUGAGACGGGAGAAAAAGUUAUUCCAGUCAAAGACACGCGUACAGCCCAAUGUGUCCUGUCGAGCUCUCUAUUCUACCAAGAACUGAACGAUGAACAAAUAAAUAAAUUACUCACAAAAAGCAGCGUGGAACUUCCUUUAGAUAAAUGUAAUAAGCUUAUGAAAGUGUAUAACAACGUAUUACUUUUACCUUCCUGCGAAAAUAGUAUACUAACAACCCCUAAGACGACGGCUCCAAUGAAGUUAUUAUCUGAAGAAACUUCACGAACCUAUACAAAUUUGAAUUUGUCCUAUAGCUCCUUGACAAGCACCUGUUAUAAAAGAAACACAGAAGCUUUCUAUCCAAGAAGUUCAUAUAACAGUUUUGAUAUAAGGAAUUAUUGUGAAACGGAAAGUGCAUUUGGUGCAAGGGAAACGGCUGUAUACAUGACCCUUUUUGAUGAAUACUGUCCUAGUAAAAGUUCAGGUACUCAGGCUACGGCACUUAUAAACAAAUGUUUUCAAGUUCGCAGCGACAGAAACUCCUACGAUAUGAAUUCUGACCAGUAUUCCAGCUACACGAUGUCAACUAUACCGCCACAAGACAGUGUUCGAUACGUUACAGGUGCAAUGAAUUAUUCAGAAGUUUACUUUUUCGGGAGAAAGAAAGAGCCAGAAAAGGGGAUGGGAGGAAAAGAAUCUAAAACAAAACUAUGUAAAACUGGAAAACCUCCAUCUGCAGCUUGUAAAAGUACAGCUACCAAAACGACACGAUCUAAAGACCAAAGUACUUGCUCAUCUCAAACAAAACGGAAAUUGGGUGCAAACACAUCAACAGGUACUUAUAAAUCUGUUACAAUAAAAGACGACAAGCCUGAAAAACCUUGCCCUGCUUUGACUGCAUCAAAGGGGGAGAUGAUGGCGACUGUAUCACAUAUUAAAAUAGGACCAAAGGAACCUUGCCCCGUGCAUGGUAAAGAUCCGUGUCAGGGGCCAAAGUGCAUUGUAGCAUCUUCCGGUGAAAGUUCAGCCCCUGUAAAGGUUACUACAGUUACGAAUGCACGAAGAGGCGUUUUUGAACUAGUUAUUAGAAGAAUAACAGGUGCACCACUAGCCAAAAAUGAACUUCUUCUUGAAUGGACACCCCCACCUUCCCGUCCACCACCUUGUGGAUCACCAUGUCCUAUACCAUGUACCUUUCCAGGGCCAUGUAGACCAUCAAAAUGUAAGUUAAUAGUUUGCAAACCAUCACCAUGUAGGCCUAAAUGCUGCAAAAAAAAACCAUGUGGUCAGCCGUGCCGACCGCCAUGUAAAAAAUGUUGCAAGACAAGCUGUUGUGGAAAACCUUGUAGCUCUUGUAUUCCUUUUCCACCGCCACCAUGUAAGAAGCCCUGUAGCCCUCCAUGCUGUAGAUUACCGUGCAAGAGUUCACCUUGCUUGAAGCCAUGUCCAAUUGGUCGUAAGCGCCCACGUAAGACUAAAAGUCAACCAAAAAUCAAAGCGCACAAGAAACAUCAGUCCCCGUGCAAUAAUAGAGUUAAGGCAUGCCCCGUAGUAAAGUGCCGCAGUAUGCCUGGAUGCUGUGCCAUUCCAUUACCUUGCCCACCGAGAAAAUGCUGCUCAGUAGCCCCAUGUAAGCCGCCCAAGUGCUGCAGAAGUAAUUGUUCAUCCUGCUGCGGUUGCUAA